CCGUCGGGCUCGGGACUGCGCAGCGGCACGGCUUUUGGAAAGUCGCUCUUCCCCGCAGGAUGAAGAGCCCCGUGCUGGACGCGGUCUCCUUACUGCUAGACAAGCUGCUCCUCUCCAAUUUAAAGCUUCUCAGUCUGGGAGCUCAGGGAGAAGACCAAAGAAGCAGCCGGUCCUAUGAAGUCAGUUCCUUCCUCCGCGGGGACGUGCUGGAGGUGCCCCGCACCCACCUGACCCACUAUGGCAUCUACCUGGGCAACAACCGCGUAGCCCACCUCAUGCCUGACAUUUUGCUGGCCCUGACCACGGACGAGAAGCGCACCCAGAAGGUGGUCUCCAACCAGCGUCUCCUCCUGGGCGUCGUGGUCAAGGUGGCCAGCAUCCGCGUGGACACAGUAGAGGACUUUGCCUACGGGGCCGACGUCCUGGUCAAUCACCUGGACGAGUCCCUGCAGAAGAAGGCGCUGCUCAAUGAGGAGGUGGCUCGGAGGGCGGAGGAGCGGCUGGGCGUGUGCCCGUACAGCCUGCUGUGGAACAACUGUGAGCACUUCGUGACCUACUGCAGAUAUGGCACCGCGGUCAGCCCCCAGGCCGACAAGUUUUGUGAGUAUGUGAAGAUAAUUAUUCGUGAUCAGAGAAGUGUUCUUGCCUCAGCAGUCUUGGGACUGGCGUCUAUAGUCUGCAUGGGCCUCGCAUCGUACAUUACUUUUCCUGCACUUCUCAUACCGUUCUGCUUAUGGAUGUCUGGAUAACUUCAUAGUCCUGUGUCAAUGUGUAUGCAUUCUAGGUACAAAUAUGUUUAUAUUUAUAGAGCACAAGUCACUAUAAAGAUCGUUGAGAAAAACGUGACCUGUGGCACUAUGUUCUGAACAAAAAUGUGAUGAAGAAUCAUAUACAGUGCUUACCGUGUAAGACCAAGAAUGAAGGAUUUCUAAUCUUCUCACGCAGGUCCUUGUAAGAUACCAUUCAGCCCUUGGAAACAUGGCAGCUUGUGACAGAAUCCAGCAAUACAAGAGAGUCCCAUGUGAGAUGAUAGCCACAGGAGAUUGUCUGUGUGGGCUUUGGUCUCCUGUAGUCAUUCUUCUGUUAGGCCUACAUUUGAAGAUGGGAAAACUUACUAAGACCACUCACUUUAUCAUAAGUUUACUCUGCUUUAUGAAGGACUUACAUUAAACUGGAAGCAUUUUCCUCAUUCAGAUGAACACAUGUUGGAUUAGUCCCCCUCCAAAAAACCAAAAAAGCCCCAAAACUCAAGUUGUUUUUCAUGCAUCACAUUCCAAUAAAUCAAGAAUAUUGUAUUUUCAUUACAUAAAACCAAUAUUGGCAAAGUUAAGGUUUAACAAGAAAGUAAGUGACCUGAAAGUAUAGAAAUCUGUGUGUGUGUGGGGGGGGGUUCUUUAAAAAAAAAAAA